AGCAGCAGUCAGUCGGAGUACCCCUCGACGGUGACCGUAAUCUCUUCCCCUCUCUUUCGCUUGCGCUUCUUCUUCUGGCCCCCUCCCCCUUCGUCCUUCAUGCAAACCACCAAAUUCCUCUCCCCCCUCCGCCACUACGUAAACAUACCAUCUCUACUCCGGCAAACCACCCAGCAGAAAUCCUUUUCGCAAAGUGUACGAGCCAUGGCCGACUAUAAGCUCAAGUCUGUCUCCUCGCUGUCCCUCAAACCGGGAGACAAGCAGGAGGUCGAAGUUGAAGGCAUCGAGGGCGCAAAGGUCCUCCUCGUCAACGCUGGCGGCAGCAUCCAGGCGGUUGGCCCCAAAUGCACCCACUUUGGCGCACCACUCGUAAAGGGAGUCUUGACUACCUCUGGUCGCUUGACGUGUCCCUGGCACGGAGCCUGCUUCAACGCUAAAACUGGUGACGUCGAAGAUGCCCCAGCCCUCGACGCCCUUCCCGUCUUCAAAGUCACCGAGCGCGACGGCGCAGUUUACAUCUCUGGCGAAGAGGCCGCCAUCAAGGGAGGCCGCCGUAAGCCCAACUUCAAGUGCAACGCCGCUGGCGGGGCCGACCAGGACAAGGUCGUCAUCGUUGGUGGAGGUUCCGGUGCCCUAGGAGCUGUCGAGGGUCUGCGCAACGGCGGCUACGACGGUCCUUUGACCAUCGUCUCCUCUGAAGGCUACUUUCCCAUUGAUCGCACAAAGCUGUCCAAGGCGCUCCUGACCGACGUCAACGCCUUGCAAUGGCGUGAUGAGGCCUGGUACAAGAGCGGCUCUAUCGACUGGGUCGCCGACGAGGUCACCAACGUCGACUUCUCUGACCGCAAGGUGACCACCAAGAAGGGCAACGACAUCCCCUACACCAAGCUGAUCUUGGCCACCGGCGGCACGCCCAGAAACCUGCCUCUCCAGGGCUUCAAAGUGCUAGGCAACAUCUUCACCCUCAGAACCGCCCACGACACCCAGAAGAUUGCCAAGGCCAUCGGCGACAAGGGCAAGAAAAUCGUCAUUGUCGGAUCCUCUUUCAUCGGCAUGGAGGUUGCCAACGCCACCGCCAAGGAAAAUACCGUGACCGUCAUCGGCAUGGAAAAGGUCCCCUUGGAAAGAGUUCUUGGAGAAAAGAUUGGCGCCGGCAUCCAGAAGAGUCUGGAGAAGAAUGGCGUCAAGUUUCAUCUGAACGCUGGCGUUGACAAGGCCGAACCAUCAGCCACGGACGCUGCCAAUGUCGGCGCGGUUUACCUUAAGGACGGCACUAAACUCGAGGCCGAUUUGGUCAUCCUCGGCGUUGGCGUUGCUCCCGCUACAGAGUUCUUGAGGGAGAACAAGGUCAUUAGACUGGAGAAGGACGGCUCGAUCAAGACCAACGAGAACUUUGAGGUGGUUGGCCUCAAGGACGUGUACGCCAUCGGCGACAUUGCGACAUACCCCUACCACGGCCCUGGAGGCGACGGCCGGUACACUCGCAUCGAGCACUGGAACGUCGCUCAGAACGCAGGUCGCUCCGUUGCAAACAACAUUAUCAACUCGGCCGUCAAGACGCCGCACUUCAUUCCCGUCUUCUGGUCUGCACUGGGCUCGCAGCUGAGAUACUGCGGCAACACCGUUGGCGGAUGGGACGAUGUUGUGAUUCAGGGUAACGUAGAGGAGUCGGCCUUUGUCGCGUACUACACAAACGGCGAGACAGUCGUCGCCGUGGCAUCGAUGGGCAAGGACCCUGCCAUGGUCCAAUCGGCAGAGUUGAUGUCACUCGGAAAGAUGCCUACGAAAUCGGAGCUGGCCAAAGGCCUUGACAUCAACACCAUCGGCCCACUGGAGGCAUAA